CCUCAAAAUGGCCAUAGAAUCGCGAGCUGUGUGGCAUGUAGCGCCAUCUUGUUGAAACCACAUGUCAACCAAGUUCAGUUCUUCCAUUUUUGGCAACAAAAAGUUUGUUAGCAUCGAACGAUAGCGAUCGCCAUUCACCGUAACGUUGCGUCCAACAGCAUCUUUGAAAAAAUACGGUCCAAUGAUUCCACCAGCGUACAAACCACACCAAACAGUGCAUUUUUCGGGAUGCAUGGGCAGUUCUUGAACGGCUUCUGGUUGCUCUUCACCCCAAAUGCGGCAAUUUUGCUUAUUUACGGAGCCAUUCAACCAGAAAUGAGCCUCAUCGCUGAACAAAACACGCGCGCGAAACACAUUUCGAACCGAACACUGAUUUUGGUAAUAAAAUUCAAUGAUUUGCAAGCGUUGCUCGUUAGUAAGUCUAUUCAUGAUGAAAUGUCAAAGCAUACUGAGCAUCUUUCUCUUUGACACCAUGUCUGAAAUCCCACGUGAUCUGUCAAAUACUAAUGCAUGAAAAUCCUAACCUCAAAAAAAUCACCCGUUAUAUAUACUUAGAUUACGCAUAGACUACGUAUAGCCCAUAUAUUCCAUAAUAAUAAUAAUAUAGCGUGGUGAUCGUAACCAUGACCUGCAUCGCCACUGCGACAAUCAUAUCUAGAUAUGUAUGUAUGUGUAUGGGUAUAUGCCAUUAAUAUCGUUCCUUCAAGAAGAAUUUCAGUUGGAAACAAACAACACUCCGAGAGAAUAUCUACAAGAUAUGGAACAACAAUAGAUGCUGUAUUUAUUAAAUAUCUUGAUAAUGUGAUGUCUAAUACUUUUGUAACAUACUUCAGUUAUCAUCGACCAAUUGUCACAGUAAUACCGUCAGAGGCAACUUCGAAUGUAACAAUUGCGGAAGUCACUGUGGAAAAUAAUUGAGUUGAUGUGAUUUUAACAAGUAUUUGGAUAAAAUUUUGUAUAUAAAGAAAAUAAAUGUUUGUUGAAUAAACUAUCUGUCAUCAUUUUCUGGAAAAAAUUCGUAAUAUUGUAUUCUUUCAUUGUGUACCAUAUUUAGUUCUUGUCAUAAUCUGUAUCUGUGUAUAAAAUAAUUUGAAAGUUUCACAUCUGCCAGUUGUCAACUGACAGCUCACUUUUUUUGCUUGCUCUACAAAUUUCUCACUUGUAUGAAUUAUGUAUUUUAAGUUUUAAUGCUCAUACAAUUUGUAUGCAUAUCUGAAAUUUAAUAGUUUUCAAAAUUUUGUACACGUUUUUUCUAUGUAAAUAUAGUUCCUUAUUUCAUCUUACACGGUUUUCAUAUGACACGGAACGUAUCCCUCAUUUGACUGUGCGAAACACCGUCGUUUUAUACACGGUUGGGUGUACAUACAAGUGUGUGAUAUUGUAUACGAGUAUAAUGUAUAUGUCUUAAUUUUGUCAUAAUUAGAGCUGACACUUCGCUGACAGCUUUCCAUUUACCAGAGAAUUGACACAUGAGUGCUCUCAAAUUUUCUACCGAAAAACUACCGCAAAGUGAAAUUUUCAACUUUUCUGUUUGAAAAAGUACGUGCUCAGAGUCUUCUAUACACUCUGUAUACGUCGGACAGUACGGACUAAGGUCGUGAUUGAAUCGGAACAGAUAACUUCUAAAGUAUCCAUAUCCACUCAGUAUUCUCCCUAUGUUGGCUAUCUAUCCACGAAUGGAUGCCCGUCAUUAGUUUGCGGGGCCACCGUCCAUUGGUAGAGUUUUUUCAGCAGCGUCACUUGAUAUCGUACGGAAAUCACUUGUUACUGGUAUAGCAGUGAGCCAGAGAAUGUAAAGCAUAAAGAAAGUGCAGGUUUGAUAUCGAACAUUUGUUAGAUUUAUGGUAAGAAAUUCACCUCACAACCACAGGGUGCCUAUUCUGUAACUCGAUUCGAAGAAAAUUUACUCGAAUUCGGAUUUUGUAUAUUCUGUAACUCGAUUUUCGGAUUUUCAAGCCAAUUUUCGGAUUAAAUAUUCGAAAGCUUUUGAGUUGUAGAAAGCAAGAACGAAAAUUGUACGUAUUUAUUCUGGCACAGGGUGGUACAACUUUCGCAUAAUUAUAAAUUAGAUCCGAAUUUCGAAUAGAAUAAAUUUUCGAAUAGAGUUACAGAAUAGGGCUCUAGAAGUCACGCUGUGAAAUGUUAACAUUUUUAACAGUUCUCCACAUACUCAAACAGAGUAUAUAAAGAGAAAUAAAUAUAUGUAUUUACGGCGUAUGAUGACAUGGUAUGUAAGUUAGCACAUAUACAAAAUAUACAGACAAUUUUGUAAGUAAAAUCUAAUUCAGCAAUAUUUUGCAUUGCUCAAGUAAAAUUAAAUCAAAUAAAAUUAAUUUCCAAAAAUUGCAAUAACAAAAACACAUUUCGUCGGCACUAUAACAAGCGGAAACCGUGCCGCCGCAAUGUGAGCCGCUUCACAACCAAACUGAGGUUCGCACUGGUUUUAGCUUACGUUAUGAUUAUUUGAUGUAUAGAAAUAAGUUCUAGCUAGUAAGAACUCGUACAUAUGUAAGUUUUUAGUAAGUAAGCAAAAUUUGAUUAUAAAAACUAAGUAAAUUUGUUGAAUAAAGAGAGUUCAAUUUUUGCCAGCAGCAAAGGUGCGUGUUGAUAUUAUUGGUGGGCAGCAUUAACUGGCGCCCGAGACUUCAAAUUUAAAUUGUCUAUAUCGGUUGAAAAAAGCAGCGUUAGAAAACUCUAAAUCGCGCAUUGAUAAAAUUGUUGUUGCCCGCGAGCAGAAAAAAAAACAGCGUUAGGAAACUGCUGUUAUCUAAACAUUAAACACUUUGUUUAGUAGCUCUAAUCGCACAUUAAUAAAACUUCUGUUAUCCGCGUGUAAGUAACUAAGCAGCUUAACAAAACUACUGUUAUCUAAAAACGUGCUCAAAGAGACUCAAAACUGUGCAUUAAUAAAAACUAUUGUUGCUCCUAAACAAGAAGGAAUCAACGUAGAAAAGCUGCCAUAACACCAAGUGCUCAAAGUGACUCUAAUACGACAAUAAUAACUGUGCAACUGAGAAAAUUAUUCUCGCAGCAUAUUCAACUGUGUAGACAAAAGUGCAAAACCACCAAGACAACAAUCAAAGCCUGAACUGUGACGUCGUCCACUCCCAAGUAGCGGAGUAAAACACCUCAAAAAGGAACAAGUGGACCGCCCGAAAUCAGGAUGCAGAAGCUGAUACUCCCGAUACUGUUACUCUUACCGUACUGGACGACUGCGACGGUAGACACUUACGAAUAUAACAGCCCGCUCGUAACGAUCAAACAAGGACAAGGAAAAGUCAGUAAAGGAACAUAUAAAAUUAUUCAUACUAUCGACUUGAACGAAUACGAAAAAAUUGCCCAUGAGAUCAGACUUACUAUAAACCACGAAAUUAGUAAAACAAGUAUUUUACUUCCACAACUAAAACAUCAACUUUCCGAAAUAGAUAACCUUCUAAGCCAACUACGAACAAAAAACAUAACCAUACAGAAGAGAUCAAUCAAUUGGAUUGGAUCCGCCUGGAAAUGGUUAGCAGGAAACCCCGAUGCUACGGACUGGGACCGAAUUCUUUCUACAACACAUGAACUGACUGAAAACAGUAACAUACAAUAUACCACAAACGAAUACCUUAUCAAGGCAAAUAAUAAAAUACUAGAUAGUUAUAACACAAUAAUGGACGAAAUAAGUAAGGAUAACAGGGAAUUGUUCGAACAGACAUUAUAUAAUAGGUUAGGUAUAGUAAAAGAUGAAAUUGCGAAAAUUAUAAUGGCAACCCAGCUAGCAAAACAAGGAAUUGUCCAUUCCCAAAUUUUAAAUAAGGAAGAUAUCGCUAAUGUUCUUUCUCAAACCGAGACACUACCAUUCAGAAAUGAACUACAAGCACUCAAAUACGCAGAACCCUCUAUGAUUGUCAAAGAUUCACUUCUUUUAUAUGUAAUUUCACUACCACAAACCGAAGAUAUCAUAUUCAAUAAUAUUAUUAUACGUUCAACUGUAAAACACCUUAAGCGAGUUUAUUUAGAAUUCACUAACCUUUUCAUAUCCCAAAAUGACAAAUACGGCAUACUUGGGAAAUGCAUUGAAAUAGAUGACACUAAAAUAUGCAAGAGAAACCAACUUCAAAAACUGGACAAAACCCACUGCAUCGCACAAAUUCAUAGCGGAGAGAAAGCGCUAUGCGAUUACCAAUACGAAAAUAAAGCUAUAAUUGAGUUAAUCGAAGAAGGAACAUUAUUUCUUUCAAAUUUCAUUGGAAAUAUUACUUAUAAUAAUACAUCUCUUAAACUAAAUGGUACAUUUCUUAUAAACUUCAUUAAUGAAACUAACGGGUGAUUUUUUUGAGGUUAGGAUUUUCAUGCAUUAGUAUUUGACAGAUCACGUGGGAUUUCAGACAUGGUGUCAAAGAGAAAGAUGCUCAGUAUGCUUUGACAUUUCAUCAUGAAUAGACUUACUAACGAGCAACGCUUGCAAAUCAUUGAAUUUUAUUACCAAAAUCAGUGUUCGGUUCGAAAUGUGUUUCGCGCGCGUGUUUUGUUCAGCGAUGAGGCUCAUUUCUGGUUGAAUGGCUACGUAAAUAAGCAAAAUUGCCGCAUUUGGGGUGAAGAGCAACCAGAAGCCGUUCAAGAACUGCCCAUGCAUCCCGAAAAAUGCACUGUUUGGUGUGGUUUGUACGCUGGUGGAAUCAUUGGACCGUAUUUUUUCAAAGAUGCUGUUGGACGCAACGUUACGGUGAAUGGCGAUCGCUAUCGUUCGAUGCUAACAAACUUUUUGUUGCCAAAAAUGGAAGAACUGAACUUGGUUGACAUGUGGUUUCAACAAGAUGGCGCUACAUGCCACACAGCUCGCGAUUCUAUGGCCAUUUUGAGGGAAAACUUCGGACAACAAUUCAUCUCAAUUUUGUAAGUAAAAUCUAAUUCAGCAAUAUUUUGCAUUGCUCAAGUAAAAUUAAAUCAAAUAAAAUUAAUUUCCAAAAAUUGCAAUAACAAAAACACAUUUCGUCGGCACUAUAACAAGCGGAAACCGUGCCGCCGCAAUGUGAGCCGUUUCACAACCAAACUGAGGUUCGCACUGGUUUUAGCUUACGUUAUGAUUAUUUGAUGUAUAGAAAUAAGUUCUAGCUAGUAAGAACUCGUACAUAUGUAAGUUUUUAGUAAGUAAGCAAAAUUUGAUUAUAAAAACUAAGUAAAUUUGUUGAAUAAAGAGAGUUCAAUUUUUGCCAGCAGCAAA